AUGUCACAUCACCUUCCUCAACAACUGCCGCAGCAACAAGUGCCACAAGGAUAUUCACAACCACCUCAACAUUCUCAUAUGUAUAAUAAUAAUAACGAUGUUGUGCCCGAAAGAAGUCAGCAUGAUCAUCAACCUUCUGUUACCGUUUCACAUGCCCCUUCUUAUAAUUCUCAUCGUCAAUAUCAUCCUCAGGUCUACUCUGGUAAACCCGCUCCUCUGGUAAUGUCAUCCGCUUCAUCUCAUGUGACUCCCUCUCAUGAUCCAUUAUCUGUUCGUAAUACCCCGUUAAUCGAUCAUCCAGUUCGUCGUGAUGUGACAUCUUCGGGUCCGAACCAUCCUCAACACCAACAACAAAUGUACAGUCAACAACAACCUCUUUUACAGAUUCCACCACAAAACGUUUCCCAUCCUCUUACUCCACCGCAGUUGCAUUUGCCACCGCAACAGCCACAACCUAAUCAUCAUUCUCAUAAUUCUCAUAAUUCUCUCAAUACUCAGCAGUAUUUGUCCGAAAACCGUGAAACUUCACCUUUUCACUUGGCACCCCCUUCACAUCAUCAUUCAGGAAGUAAUUCAUCGGUUUCCACUAGGUCCUCUUCUCCGGCACCUAGCACCCCUAUAGCUCCCACCACUAAUCUGUCAUUCCCUUCGAAUGGUGGCGCUCCUGUUAAUAUUAAUCCCGUUCCCCACAAUGUGGAUAAACCUGUUGUUGAACAGAACCUUACAGUUAAAAAGAAAGGUCGUUCCAAACAACCAAGACCUAUCGUACCUGCUGGACCUAUACCAAAUCAACAACCUGUCCCCUCCACACAACCUUUACCACCAAAUUCUUCAAGUGAAACCCCUGUGUUUGUGCAAUAUGUGGUUCCAAACAUAGUUAAUGAUUCCAAUCCACAGAAUAAUCAUCUUGCUGCGCCAUCAAAACCACCGCAGACUUCUAGAUCUAGGAAAAAUAGUAUCUCUGGUCCUUCCACUUCAAAACGUGGUAGGAAAGCUAAAGAUUCUUCAAAAGUGCCCGAUGAGGUUCAUAUUUAUUCACCUGCUCCUUUACCCGAGAAUAAUGUGAAGUAUGUUGCACCACAAUUAAACCAAGGUCAUUAUGAUGACGUCGUCAUGGAAUAUGCUCCUCUUCAUGAUGAAAAAGAUGAUAUAGUGAAAUCAAAAUCAAAUAGUAUGGACAUUGAUGAUGAUGUGAUCUCUAAAAGAGAAGAAGAAGACGCUACUUUGCUAUUAUCAUUGAAAAACCCUACCAACCCAUCAAAUCCGGAUAAUAGUCAUAGUAUCGAACCAGAAGUUAACAAUGCAGUUACACCUGCUGUUGAACCGGUUGCCAUUAGUAAUAAUGAUAUCAAAAUUAAAGAGGAACCUAUGGUUGAAGAGGAUAUUACUCCUGUUGUUAACACCGUUGUGAAUGAUAGUGGUGUUGAGGUUGAGAAUAAAAAGGAGGAACAAGAUGACCAAUCGGUUACAACAAGAGUUAAAGAAAUGUCUUUGCAUGAGGAUGAUUCAUAUAGUUUGUCUUCAAUCAAAGAAGAGGUGGAAGAGGAAAAAGAAAAACCUUCUUACGUACAAGAAAAGAAGGCUGCAUCUAAAUCGAAAAAGAAACAAAAUGUAGUGGUGAAGUUAGAAAAGAAUAUCCCAAAUACUCGUGUUGUCCCUAAAAAAGUGCAUGAUAAUAAUGAAAAUGUUAAGAUUCUACCUAUUGGAAAUGAUUCAGAUAGUGAUUUAGCUAUGGAUGAUGGUUCCGAAGUUGAGGAUGAGAAAAACAAACCACCUGAACGUAAUUAUAUGUGGAAUAGUGAUGAUAUGGAAACUGAGGAAGAAGUUGAAGAAGAAAUCGAAAUUUCCGUUUCUUCCAACAUAGGUGGUAUAAAUAACGUCACCAAAAAUGGUGAUAAGCAAACCACCGGUGGUUAUUCACCUCCCCCAUCUACAUUGCCGCCGAAUGUUUCUAAACAUCAAAAGGAUAUAGAGGAUGUUAAAAAAGAAAUAAACUCGACCGUUAAUAAUACGAACGCCCCUAUCAACAAGUCGCGACCGAACUCACCGACCAAUAAUGGCAUCUUAUCACGUAAAGCUUCAACCUCGAGCUUUGCUUCACGUAAAGGGUCAACUUCUUCAAACGGGAGCAAUAAAGAAAAGGACAAUAUGAUCUGCAGUUCGCCUAUUGAGAUGACCGCUUCCCCAUCAUCGAUUAAAACUAUCGCAGCAGAUUCUACGAGUUCAACCACCAAUGGUACUAGACCACAAAGACCUUGUCCUCCUAGACGUAGAUCAACAAUGAGAGACGACGAAAAGCUCGAAUUAGAUAAUAUCGAGUGGGAAAAGAAUAUUGAGAUCCCACAUAAUAUCUGGGAGGAAACUUUAAAAGUGUUUGAAAUUGUCAAACAAUCCAAAGAAAUGAAAAAUCGACAACCUCAUCGUAAACGCAAUCAUAUCCUUGCUUCAAUUCUCUUUAUUUUAUGCCGUCAAAAUGGUCUUCCACGCACUUUUGUUGAGAUUUGUAAUGCUGCUUCAAUUAGAAAGCAAGAGAUUGGAACGUAUUAUCGUCUAAUGCUUAAAGUAUUUGAAAGUAAUGGGCUAGGUGGUGGAACCAAUGGAACUUCAUUGAGAACCGUUGAUUCUGCUGAAUAUUUGAAACGAUGGUGUCAAAAUCUUAAACUUCCUACACAUAUACUUGAUGCGGCUAUUCAUGUUUACAAACAAGCUAGUGAAUUAAAUAUAACCACCGGAAAAUGUCCGGUGUCUGUUGGUGCUGCUUCAAUAUGGUUAUCUAUAAGCACUUGGAAUGAAGCUAGAACGAAAGCUUACAGUAAUAUUACAGACGAUGCAGAAUUAAUAAAAGUAGAACAUAAAGAUGUUGCAGCCGCUGCUGGUGUCGUCAAUGCUACUCUUGUUGGUUGCUACAAAAAUUUAUUAAAGUACAAGGAACAGUUGUUACCUGAAAAAUUUUUAAUGGAAGCCGGAUCGAGGUCACCACAUUAUUCUACCCAAAAAAAUGAAAUCUUGGAGAAGCAUACUAAUUUAGAAAGUGAUGCUAAUACAUUUGAUAAUGUCAAGUAUUAUGGUUCUCCCACGGCGGAUAGUUUUGAUAUUGGCAAAUCAACAGCAGACGUGAAAGUUGAUCAUACUUCAAAACCUGUGACUCCUGCUUUAUCAAAGUUACGAAUAAAACCGCAAAUCAAGAGUGAAAAAAAUGAAACGAAUAAUCAAACCUUGAAAUCGCAAAUUAAAGAAGUAACAUCUAUAAAAGUAGAUACAGUUCCGGCUAUUAAUAAAAAGGAGGUGGAACAUGAACGUAUAAUACCACAAUCUCCACCUAGAAUGGCGAAUUCAAUACCUAAAUUUGAACCCGGAAAAUAG